AUGUCUAGCCACAUGUCUAACCACGACCAGGCCUCGACCAACUACAAGGAAGCGUUCUCCCUGUUCGACAAGCGCGGCACCGGCAAGGUCCAGCUCGAGUCGCUGGGCGACCUGCUGCGCGCCUGUGGACAGAACCCGACCCUCGCCGAGAUUGCAGAUCUGGAGAAGAACAUUGGAGGCGACUUCGACUUCGAUGCCUUUGUCAAAGUCCUCAACCGCCCCGGCGGCUUCCGCGAGCCCGGCGAGCCCGAAGAAUACUGUCGUGGAUUCCAGGUGUUUGACAAGGAUCUGACGGGGUUUAUUGGCGUUGGACAGUUGAGAUAUAUCCUCACGAAUCUCGGAGAGAAGAUGUCGGACGAAGAGGUCGACGAGCUGCUCAAGGCUGUUGACACCAGCUCAGGCGAGAUCAACUACACCGACCUCGUCCGCACCAUUCUCGCCAACUGA